AUGCUGGUAACUACUACAACAAACAUUAUAAAAGCCUCUCCCAAACGGAAAACGAAAACAGACACCAAAGAUCAAGAUAAUUCUUACUAUGGACAGUUGAACAAACGAAAUAUCAAUAAAGUCACAUUUGGUAAAUACGAGUUUCCUACAUGGUACGGAAACGCAGCAUAUUUCUAUCCCCAUGAUCUAUCGCAUUCAAGCUUAGGUUAUGAAUAUGCCAACAAAGUAGCUUCUGAAGGAUCAAUUGCCCGAAAAAUCCAUAAAAAAGAUAUAUUUGAUGAAAAUUUACACGAAUUUUGGCUAGAUCAUUUAUUUGUUUGUGAAUAUUGUUUCAAGUACACUUCCAAUGAGACAAUUUUGAAUCAACAUGUAACUGCAUGCACAUAUAAUAGAAAAAGACCAAGUAAAGGUAAAUUGUUGUACCAUGACCAGGCCAAUGGCUAUAUAAUUCGAGAAGUACGAGGGUUUCAGGAUCCUUUAUUUUGUCAAAACCUAUGCUUGUUUGGAAAAUUGUUUCUUGACGAUAAAUCGGUUUAUUAUAAUAUAGAUCAUUUUGAUUUUUAUAUUGUUUUCGGUAAAGACGAUUCCUCCUAUAUUCCCAUGGGGUUUUUUUCCAAGGAAGUCUUAUCGUACGACAAUGAUAAUAACCUAGCCUGUAUUUGUGUAUUCCCCCCGUUUCAAAGAAGACAUUUGGGUUCAUUGUUGAUUGAAUUUCUGUAUCAAUUGGCUGCAGUUACUCCAGGACAACUUAAAAGCAGUGGCCCAGAAUUCCCACUUUCACCAUAUGGCAAAGUGACAUAUUUGAGGUUUUGGUCAAAAAGACUAGCGACGAAAAUCCACGAACUACAGGGAUCAUUUACAUUGAGCCAUCUUUCAAAAGAAACCGGGUUCAGAAAAGAAGAUAUUCUACUAACACUUGAAUACAUGCAGAUACUAGUUACAGAUGAUUUGGGAAAUGUGACACUUUCACUUGAACGACUUGAAAAUUGGUGCUCACAAAACAAGGUUGUUCCCGGAGUCGACAUAAAUAUCUUAAAUUCAGAAUGUUUAAUACUAUGA